UGGACGAUAUGCUACACGCAGCUGGCAGACGAGGGUGGCACGGCGACUGGCACGCAUGGCGGUCCUCCCGUUCCCUCCGUCCCUUCCGUAUCGUGUCACAGCGGUGCAGUGUGACGUGGCUCGUCGGCCCUACUACACCGGGAGAGCGCUGGAGCGUGGAGCAGGGUAGGGAUAGAGAUAAGGAAGGGUUGGGGACCGGGUGUUCGCGCACUGCUGUGUCGCCGCACUGCUGCCGCUGAAAGUCACGGGC